UUGGAAGUUCCGGCGAAGAAGCUGGCGCGGCAGCUCGAUUUCACUGGCGCGCCGGAGCAGUCGCAACCGCAGCAGCCGGUGGCUGUGCAGCCGUUGCCUCCGCAGCCGCCUCAUGUGAGGAUUGGGAAACCAGAAUCUCCAAAAUCAAGAUCAAGACCUAACUUUGAAAUGAAAGAUGCUACUCCAAAGAAGCAAAAGCAGUGCAAUUGUAAACACUCUAAAUGCUUAAAGCUGUAUUGUGAAUGUUUUGCAUCAGGAAUAUAUUGUGAUGGUUGCAACUGUGUAAAUUGUUUCAAUAAUGUUGAAAAUGAAGCUUCUAGACGAGAAGCUGUUGAAGCUACCUUAGAGCGCAAUCCAAAUGCAUUUAGGCCCAAAAUUGCAAGCAGCCCUCAUGGAACACAUGAUAGCAGGGAAGAGACUGGGGAAGUUUUAAUAUUAGGAAAACAUAACAAGGGGUGUCAUUGUAAGAAAUCUGGGUGCCUCAAGAAGUACUGUGAAUGCUUCCAAGCCAACAUUCUUUGUUCUGAAAAUUGUAAAUGCAUGGACUGCAAGAAUUUUGAGGGAAGUGAAGAGAGACAGGCUCUGUUUCAUGGAGAUCAAAAUAACAUGGCAUAUAUUCAGCAAGCGGCAAAUGCUGCCAUAACUGGAGCUAUUGGUUCCUCUGGUUAUUUAUCGCCACCAGUAUCCAAGAAAAGAAAAGGUCAGGAACUCUUCUUUUGGCCUACAACCAAGGAUCCAUCCGUUAGCAAGUUGGGACAACAGGUAAAUAAUGUCAGAGGUCCAGCACCUUCCUCCUCUUUGUCACCUGUCCCAGGUGCUCGUGUUGGAACUGCAACAUUAGGUCCUUCAAAAUUUAUGUACAGAUCUCUUUUAGCAGACAUUAUACAACCACAGCACCUCAAGGAGCUAUGCUCAGUUUUGGUUCUAGUAUCAGGACAAGCUGCAAAGACACUUACAGACCAGAAAAAUUUAUUGGAAAAGCAUGCAGAAGAUCAGACGGAAACUUCCCUUGCUUCUUCAAGUCAAGAGCAAUUACCAAAUCAAAAGCAAGGUCAUGUUGAGAAGACUGUAGCUGAUGAUUGUUCGAGUGCAAACCAAACAGAUAAAGUCAGCCCCGAUAAUUCCAGUUCAGACAAUUCCAGUUCAGACGGUGCUGAUGUCCCAAAAGGGAGGCCAAUGUCUCCCGGGACUUUAGCCUUGAUGUGCGAUGAGCAAGAUACAAUGUUCAUGACAACUGCCUCCCCCAUUGGGCCAAUGGCCCAUCGCAAUACAUCUUCACAAUUUCCUUAUGGACAAGGAAUGACAGAGGUCUAUGCUGAGCAAGAAAGGAUUGUAUUAACAAAGUUUAGAGAUUUUCUCAAUAGGGUUAUCACUAUGGGAGAAAUAAACGAAACAAAGUGUUCUUCAUUUGCUAGAAAUGAACUAGAGAGCCAAAAGGACCCAAUCAUCAAAUGCAUUGGAAGUGCCAGUUCUGAGAUAGUGCGUCAGCAGGGAGUCACUAGCAACGGUGUUAGUGUUACUAAAUCUGUUGUUUCACCCGCGGCUACAACUUCGGCAUCUUUAAUCCCUGGUAAUAUUGCUGAAAAUGGGGAGACUAAGGUUAAGAUCGAAAAAGAGAUAUGAAAGGAAUAUAACUUAGAAGAUGUGCAGAGAUACGGUUGAAAGAAAAAUGAGAAGGUCUUUAAGGUAUGCCAGAACUUUUCUGUAAUAUAAUUAUAAAAACAUUGUCAUUCUUCAUUUUCUGCCUUAUCUGAAAGGUCUGCUAAGCAUCCAGAGCCCACCAUUAGCCCAUGUAGGAUCAAUUUUUUUCUUUUUCUUCAUUUUUCUUGUCCUAUUUUGGUCAUUCAUACAUAUCUAAAUUAAUUUUUCAGCUUCAACAUUGCAUUAUUGCAAUGCUUGUAAAUUGCUGAAUUAUAAUUUCAUAAAGUAUAUCGCUUAGGUUUUUUGUUGAAUGACUUCCAUAGCUUGUAAUUUAACAUACAUACAUUUUUAUUCAGGGAUUUUUCCAUGUUUCCCUUUUCUUCUACUAUGUUCAUUACUAUGCCCUUUGUAUUGCCAGUAAUAUUUCAAGCGAUGAGGUUUGAGCUCUGUAAUAAUUCAAUAAGCUGUUACUGACUUUGGCUAGGCCAUCGAGUGUUUAAACAUUUUAAAUUUGGGCAUGUUGUUGUCUUAUUAUUUUGAA